AUGUUAAUUGUUGGUGAAGAUUUUGUUUCUUUUGAUCGAUCAACACAAGCAGCUGAUUUUUUCUAUGAUAAUACGGCUAAAAAAAUUUGCACUGUUAGAGGGAAUGGUGUUCUUGGAGUAACAAUAAAAAGUGUAUCUAGUAAUGAUAAAGAUAUAUCAUUUAGACUAGAUGAUAAUGGAAUUGUUUUAAAAGUAAAAAUUUCACCUGAUUUGAAACACGUUUGUAUAUUAAGGAAUCAAAUGUCAGUAGAAAUUAUUAUCUUAUUAGAAGAUGAUCUUUUAACAAAACCUCAAAGUUUUCUUAUUAAUUCAAAAAUAAAAGCAUCAAUAAUAAAUGAUAUUGAGUGGAUUAGUGAUAAUACAAUAUUAUUAAUUAUGGAAAAAGGUUUAGAAUUGAGGCAAAUUAAUUUUGAUAAAAAAAAAUCAAGUCUAUUAAAAAGUAUUUCUAUAACACCUGAUUGGCAUGCAUAUUUUAGUGAAGCAAAAAUGCUAAUUGCUGCAACAGGUCACAGUAAAAAUAAUUUGAAUCCUUUUUUGAUUACUCGAAAUAAUAUUCAAAAAUUAGCUAUGUUUGAUGUUGAUUAUGGAACAUCAAAAAACCUUGAAACUUUAAGUGCAGAAAAUAUUCUUAUUACAUAUAUUUAUAAACAAUUAUAUUGUUGUGUUUUUCGUUUUACUGAAGUUGAUUCAAAUAUUUAUUUAUAUGAAAUGACAACAAAUCCAUCAGAUAUUCCAUUUCUUAAAUACAUUCUAAAUUAUGAUCAUUUUGGAGCUGUGGCAUUGCAUGUCGUUGAUAAUGUACUUGUUCUUCAUUGUCAAGAAAUUAAAAAAUCUUAUCUUUUUGAUAUUGGAAUGGAUCCAAAUAAUAUGUUGCAAUAUCCUAUAAUAUCUCAAACUAUUACAGUUCAUGAUUCUUUUAAAAAUACUUUUGAUGAAUGGGAAACUUUUAUUUAUUCAGAUGUAUGGAUUACAUGUCACCCAAAUAUUAUUAUUGAUGAAGGUUUUGCUAUGGUGACUUCCCUUAGACUUGAUUUAUCAGAUAUUGUCAAUUUUUUUGAUAAUAAAAUGAAUUAUAUUAGAUUUUAUUUAAAUAGAAAAGCACUUAGAAACUCAUUGUUAGAAAAUAUUUGUGAAUUAACAUAUAAAAACUCUUUCAAGUUGGAAAAUUUUACCAAAAUGUUCAACUGGUUUUUUGCUCCAUCUACAGAAGAACCAUACAGAAAAGUUGAUGUUAAACAAAUAAAUAUUGCACACUUUAUUUUAAAUCCUUGUUUAGAAAAAAAUUUUGAUAAGAAGUUUCUUAUUAAUAUUGCUUUAGAAACUCUUCAUGUAUGUAAUGAAUAUAAUAUUCCAAUUGAUUUAUAUUUUGCUGAUGUCUUAGUAUCAAUAUUAAUAAAGGCAAAAGAUUAUAUACGUUUGGAACAGUUAAUUCAAUACAAAGUUAUUCCAGAUACAAAAGCUUUUGCUUUUGAUUUUGUUUCUUUAGAAAAUGAAUAUCCUCCAUUGGCUCAAUUAGCUAUGGAUAUAUUAGCUAGAAUAGCUAAAACACCAGAACCUAUUUCUGAGAUACUUAUAAAUAAAGGAAGAUUAAUUGAAGCAUUGAAGUAUAUGGAAAAUCAUGAUCCUGAUAAAAUUAAUGUUGUUAAAGUUAUUGAUGCAGCAAUUCAAAGUGACAAUAGACAAUUAAAACAUGCUGUAGCUCAAUAUUUUGCCAAUAAAAAAAUAAACCAUGCUAAUGAAGAGGUAGCUGAAACUGUUAAUGAAUUGCUGCUAAAACUUAAUAAUAUUUUUACUCAGGAAGAAAUCGACAAAGCAAUCAAUGACUAUACUACGGGAACAUCUGCAUUGUAA